UUGGGUAGUCUGCUCUACUAGUUGUUUUGAUAGAAAUCUUGGUGAGAUGCCAAUGGCUAUUAUAAUGCUGAAAGCGCUCUUUCUCAUCUGAUCUUGGUAUCCUUCGAUGAAGUGAACAGCAAUAAGUCUAAAAGUAGAUGUUAUUCUUUCAUGAGCUAUAUACUUCUCUCAUAUACUAUCUUCAGUCUGCAAAUUUAAUCGGAAUCAACUUCCGUUCGUCUUUUGAUUAUCUGAUGUUGACAUAGAAAAUACAUCUUAGUGAAGCAAGAUGUAUUUUAGUUUCAUGCCGUCUCUUCUUCACAUGUCAUCUGUGAGAGUCGUUUCACGUCUGCUGCUGGACCGUGAUAUAGGAAUAUUGCUGGAUGAAGACAUGUCGAUACCCUCUGGAAUCAACCGUUAUGAACGCAGAAGGCACGAAGUGUGGAAAGCAAUAGAAAAAAAAGCGAGGAGGAAAUUGCGCCCUCUUCAGACUCGUCUUUCGAUAAAAUUGGUGAAAUUCCUCCGCCCAAUGUAUAUGGAAGUGAUUGCAUGGUUAAGAGAUCAUGAAUUCGAAGCCACGCCAAAAAUAUUCAAUUUCUUGUUGAAACACUUCAUUCAGUGGAAAACGGACGGGACGAUAGAUAGAAAGAAAACGGCCAUGAAGAUGAUUCAGAGUAGAAGGUUUCAUUACAGGUAUCGAUUUAUACUGGCCUGUAAUUAUUUGCUGAUAGAUGACAUUUUCGUUCUUUGGAACAGAGUGAAAAGAAGCAAACGAAAGAAGUUGUAUCGAACGGGAACCAACGCAGCAGUGAGGUUCUGGGUGCAUUUGUUGAAAGCAAUGGACGGUGCGUCCAAGGCUGAACUUAUUCAGAAAUAUUUCAGCGCUUCAUCCGAAGAUCGUGCAGGCCCCAGCAAACCUUUGAUUAGCAGGUAUUUCAAACCUAAGCGUAUAAAAGACACGGACUUUCCCUUGAGAUUGAGUUCUUACUUUCCUUUUAUACCACAGGAAUACAGACAGGAGUAUUUUACAAAGAUUAACUAUGCCUUACUAAACAAAACUGACUUCAGCUUGUGUCUGUAUGAAAUGCACGAACAAGAACGCUUGCAAUUGCUUGAGGCGAAACCUGCAUUUGCACUCAAACGCUGUUUGGAAUGGCCAUUUCAGUCCCUGUUUGUAGAAUUGGCACAACAGGUGGUUGACCAUAUGAAACUUAUUGAUUACGAACUCAUGUUGAGACAUAUAAUCGUUUUCUACAUUCUGAGUGAUUUAGAUUAUUAUGAACUUUUCAGUGACUUUUGGGAUGUUAUUCCUGAAAAUUAUAGAAAUAGAAUAAUGGAAGUGGAGAGAAGCUUUUUUCCUUUUAAGGCAGUUUUGAAUUUUGACGGAGUAAAUCCGUCAAAAACAAUUAUCAAAACUCUGAAAAAGUAUUACUAUUCUUAAAACUCUGUGUGUGCAUAUCAUUACUUUAAAUUUUGAAAUUCUAGUGUUUUAGUUUUUGUAUGUCUGAUCGCAAAAGCAUUCGCAUCUGAAAUUAUUGAAAUAAGUUCUACCUAUCGUCAUUAAUGUAUAAUAUUUUUUUAAGUUUUUCAAUAAAUAUGGAAAAACACA